UUAGUGUGAGAAGUGGAAGAAAGAAAAAGAAAUCAAAACACAUCAACACAGUUUGAUCGAUCUUCUUCUUGUGUGGAUUUGAAACGACGAAAUUCAAUAACUUUUCAGGAAAUUGGCCGAUCAAAGUUUCAACUGUCUGAUCUUCAUCAACAACUGAGUUCUCAACAAUGAUUGAUACCAAGCCACUUGUAUCUGCAAUGGCCUCAAUUGUUCUGAUGCGAACCAUCACGAAUGAACUCAUUCCUCACGAGCUCCUACACUUUGUUCAAUCGGGACUUCAGCAUCUUUUUCGCCAAUUCUCUGCGGAAUUCACCAUAGUCAUUGAAGAAUUUCAAGGGAUGGCAAGAAACCUGGUUUUUGAGGCUGCAGAAGCCUAUCUAGGAACUAAAGCGACAAUUGCAGCAGAAAGAGUUAAAGUAAGCAAAUCAGACGAUCAUAAAAAGCUUUCAUUCAAUAUUGAUAGAAAUGAAGAAGUGAGUGAUGUUUUUGAAGGUGUUAGUGUAAAGUGGAAACUAAUUUGCAUACAAGUUGACUCGUCAAGGAUUCGACAUUACGAUGAUGAAUCCUCACCCGUGUCAGAAAUAAGAUCCUAUGAGCUAACUUUUCACAAGAAACACAAAAACAAAAUCUUCGAUUCAUAUUUGCCUUAUGUGAUGGAUAUAGCUAAGAAGAUUAAACAAGGAAACAUCGCAAUUAAGAUUCACUCAUACGAAUAUAAUCGCUGGGGUCGUGAACCUAUUAAAUUCAACCAUCCGAUGAGUUUCAACACUCUGGCAAUUGACGAAGAGCUUCAAAGAGAUAUUACGAAUGAUUUGGACAAAUUUGUGAGAGCUAGAGAGUUUUAUAGAAGAACUGGUAAAGCUUGGAAACGCGGUUACUUGUUGUAUGGUCCUCCUGGUACCGGCAAGACUAGCUUGAUUGCAGCUAUGGCUAACUAUCUCAACUAUGAUAUCUAUGAUAUGGAUCUCACUGCUGUUCACGAUAAUAAGCAGUUGAAGCAACUGCUUCUUGCCAUGUCCAACCGUUCUAUACUUGUGAUCGAGGAUAUUGAUUGUACUGUAAAUUUGCAAAACCGAGAAGACGAUAAAGAAGUUGUUCACAAUGGACACAAUAUGAUGACACUUUCGGGACUAUUGAAUGCAGUAGAUGGUCUUUGGUCAUGCUGUGGAGAGGAACACAUAAUUAUUUUCACAACAAAUCACAAAGAAAGACUUGAUCCUGCUCUUCUAAGGCCUGGUAGAAUGGAUAAGCAAAUUCACUUGUCAUAUUGCAACUUUUCUGCUUUUAAGCAAUUAGCCAUCAACUAUCUUUGCAUUACUGAACAUGAACUCUAUGAAAAGAUUCAAGUGCUUCUAGGACAAGUUCAAGUUACCCCGGCUGAAAUUGCCGAAGAGCUUACAAAGGAUGCUGAUGCUACAGAGUGUCUACAAGACCUUAUCAACUUCCUUCAAGCCAAGAAAAUGAUCAAGGUAGAGAAUGAGAAGAAUGAAGAAAAUAUCAAAGAAGAACUUGAUAAUCAAGAAUCUCUUUAAUGUUUUGUUUGUUCUUGAAAAAAGAAAUGUUGAGAUCAUUAAAAGAAGACCUUAUAAAUGAUUAAAUAAUUUCAAAUUUUCUUGAUGUUUGUUUAAGCGAGUACUAAUUCGAUAUACAUGUCAUACCAGUAUAAUUAAACUUGUGAUGCUAAAUUUUCAAGGGAUGGUAAUAGAGACUGUAUUUAUGUGGCAAGUGCUUCAGAAUUGAAUCCAUUGUUCUGGUGUCGUAGCAAAUUCGCAGAAGGGAUCAGACUGUGUUGGUUUGUAGUUUCACAGUGGAGAGGUUCAGUUCGGCUUGUGAAACAGAACACCAAAAUAAUAGUUUGCAUCAUUUGCAGAAUAGCACUAUUUUUUUUCA